AUGCAGGAGGAAAUUCUGUUGACUCCCUGGAGAAGUUUUCCUUUUGAAGACUCAGACACAUUUGCCUUCACGGGCCAGGAUGAAGAGAAAUGGGAUUUUGUCCUUGUGAGUGACAUCCAUGAAAUGGGCAGUGAGAAAGAGAUCAAGAGGAAGAAGUUCCUGGAUGAGCUGAGCAAGAAGGGGUUCACCAUCAAGAAAAUUGAGGACAGGAAGCUAUUUUAUGGGGUCCGUGCCCCAAAACACUUCUUCCGGAAAUACCAAUGGCUCUUGAGGAACCCCGACAGCAGGCUGCAAGAUCUCAAUGCCCAGCAGGACGUACCAGUGACCACCAGGAUACGGAUCGUGAACUUCAUCUUGCAUAACACAGUGACACCCGACCUCGAGAAGCUGCGUGACCUCAUGAAGAAGAAUGUCUUUGAGGCAGCAUUUCCACUGCACGAGAAAGAAGAGGUAAGGGAAUUUCUGAAGGAGAAAUGGGCCCGCUGGAGGGAUAUAUUUUGCCAACAGCCAAUUGAGAAGAUCAGAUGCUAUUUUGGUGAAAAGGUGGCCCUCUACUUCACCUGGCUUGGCUGGUACACCUACUUGCUGGGAUUUGCUGCAGGGGUUGGACUGGUGGUCUUUGUGGCUGGGAUUACUGUUUUCAAUUCCAGCCAGGUGAGCAAGGAAAUAUGUGAAGCCAAUGACACCCUCAUGUGCCCACUCUGUGACCAGAAGUGCCCAUUCUGGCUGCUCGCUGACACCUGCAUGUAUGCCAGGGUCACUCACAUGAUUGACAACGAAGGGACAGUUGUGUUUGCCAUGUUCAUGGCAAUUUGGGCCACUGUAUUCCUGGAGUUGUGGAAGAGGCAGAGAGCCCAAGUGGUCACCAACUGGGAUCUGUAUGGGUGGGACGAGGAUGAGGAGGAGCUAGCUAUGGAGCUGAUCAACAAUUUGCAGCAUGAACCUCGGCGGUAUCGGCACUCUUACUUGCGCAGCACCAUUGUGCUCCUCUUGGUUCUGCUCAUGAUUGUUGUACUGAUUGGCAUUGCCCAUGCACUUGUCAUUUAUCGGGUGGUCGCCACGGCUCUCUUCACCCAGAGUGAUUCCGAGUUCUUCCGUGAGCAGGCUAACCUGGUGGCAGUGAUAACAGGGGCCGUGCUGCACUACAUCACCAUUGUCGUCAUGACCAAGGUGCAGACUGCAGCAUGGGGUGGGCAACGGGUCUUGUCCUUUUCCAUCAUCAAUUCUCCCUUAUUGUUUUACACCUCUUUCCUGCAGAUCAACAGACGCGUGGCCCUCUUUCUCUGUGACCUAGAGAAACCACGGACCUUCUCCCAGCAUGAGAACACCUUUACCAUAAAGAUCUUCAUCUUCCAGUUUUUGACGAACUUUUCUUCGCUCAUCUACAUUGCUUUCUUUCUGGGGAGGAUCAAUGGCCACCCAGGGAACUACGUGCGCAUUGCUGGCAAGUGGAGGCUGGAGGAGUGUCACCCUAGCGGCUGCAUCACUGACCUCUUCAUCCAGAUGGCCAUCAUCAUGAUGCUUAAGCAAACCAUCAGCAAUGUGGUGGAGUACCUUGUCCCCUGGCUAGCCCACAAAAUACGCAAGAGGCAGAAGCGCCCCAAGAAGAAACACCUGGUGUUGGGGGAGGAGGAGGAGGCUGAGGACCCCUGCAAAAAGCAGUGGCUCAUCAACUAUCAACUCAACGAGGUCAACAUCUUCAGCUUGUUUGAUGAAUUCUUGGAGAUGGUGAUCCAGUACAGCUUCACCACCAUUUUUGUUGCUGCCUUUCCUCUGGCCCCAUUGCUGGCGUUCUUCAACAACCUCUUUGAGAUUCGCCUGGAUGCCAUCAAGAUGACACGGCUGCGCCGGCGCAUGGUGCCCAGGAAGACCAAUGACAUUGGAAUUUGGCUGCAGGUCCUGGAAGCCAUUGGCAUCCUGGCUGUCAUCGGGAAUGGAUUGGUGAUUGCCAUCACAUCUGACUUCAUCCCUGUGCAGGUCUACAAGUACACAUACAGCCCCUGCAUGAAAGAAAACAACACUGCUGUUGACUGCUUGACUGGCUACAUCAACCACAGCCUCUCUGUCUUCCAUAUCAAGCACUUUGAGCCAGACACAAAUCUGGCUGUAGAGAUCUUAGAUUUGGUCAAGAAUGGGACCACAGUGUGCAGGUACCGGGAUUACAGGAAUGAUGAGGACUACAGCUACACUGUCCAGUUCUGGCAUGUCUUUGCAGCCCGGCUUGCCUUCCUCAUCCUCUUUGAGCAUGUGGCUCUGUGUGUCAAACUGAUUGCAGCCUGGUAUGUCCCUGAUGUGCCCCUGUCAGUUAAGAAUCAUCUUCUGGAUGAAAAGCACAACAACCUUCGGAAAGAACUGAGCAUGAUGGAGUACUCCACUGAAGUGUAGCCUCCUCUCAUGGAAGAAAGUGAAACAAGGACUUGAGCCCCUCUCCCCAGCCUGCCAGCACAGCCAGAGAGGCAUUCAUGAGCUCUGGCUGUCACCAACCAUGGACUUGAACUGGGGAGUGAUGAGGUGACAGCUGCUUCACAGGAGCAGGAUGCUUAUAACUAGUACAGCCACAAAGAGGAAGAAAGUGGCAGCAGAGGUGGGAAUAGCGUCUUCCCAGCAAACUCAGCAGCCGAGGAAGAGCUAUGACACAAUGGAGCCAGGCUCCUCAGCACCAUGCAGAGAGCUCAGCAUGUUUGGCAGCAUCCAGCCAUCACUGGGUAAGCAUGACACUGGCCUGCAGGAGGUGCCCUGGCUUCCAUAUCAGUCAUUGCCUUCACGUGCCGUGUAGCAUCAUGGAAAAAAGUGGCUACCUCAUUCCAGGUUCCCUCUCCAGAUCUUCCUUACACUUUGGCCCCCUCUUCCUCUGCUUUCACUGACCUCCCUGCUCUCACACUGUAAAGAAGGUUCAGUCCUUCCUCUUUCACGAAAGCCAGCACAGUCUGCCUCACAGCACAACUACUGCAUAGCUGUGGUUCCAAACCAUCCUUUCCCCGAUCUUUAGUAAAUUGCACUUAUUAUCCUGAUUGUCUUUUGC